UCCGCAGGCCCAGCGUCGGAGCCGCUGCUCAGAGGACCAGGCCCAGAGCAUCAUGGGCUGCGAGGCUCCCCGCGCUUCAUCCUUCCAGGUGCUGCUGCUGCUGUUUCUGCUCCUGCUCCGGGCCGAGCGACUGCGGGGCGCCGAGCUCACCUUCGAGCUGCCGGACAACGCCAAGCAGUGCUUCCACGAAGAGGUGGAGCAGGGCGUGAAGUUCUCCUUGGAUUACCAGGUGAUCACUGGAGGCCACUACGAUGUGGACUGCUAUGUGGAGGACCCUUUGGGGAACAUCAUCUACAGGGAGACCAAGAAGCAAUAUGACAGCUUCACAUACAAGACAGAGGUCAAGGGUGUUUAUCAGUUUUGUUUCAGCAAUGAAUUUUCCACCUUUUCUCACAAGACCGUCUACUUUGACUUCCAAGUGGGUGAUGAGCCCCCCAUCCUCCCAGACAUGGGGAAUAGGGUCACAGCUCUCACUCAGAUGGAAUCUGCCUGUGUAACUAUUCACGAGGCUCUGAAGACCGUGAUUGACUCCCAGACACAUUAUCGACUUCGAGAGGCUCAGGAUCGAGCCCGAGCUGAAGAUCUUAAUAGUCGGGUGUCUUACUGGUCGGUUGGAGAGACUAUUGCCCUGUUUGUGGUCAGCUUCAGUCAGGUGCUACUGCUGAAAAGCUUCUUCACAGAGAAACGACCCAUUAACAGAGCGGUCCACUCCUAGCCAUGCUGUAUGGUGCCCACAGCCCCUCACACCCUAGGGUUUCCAGUUCUUGCAGGGAUGGGGGUGUGACGCAGGGCGAAGUGGGCUGCAGGGAGAACUGGGAUUACACUUUACUGUUUGUGCACAUAUGUGUUCCCUGCACUCCAGCAACCAUAGCACACAGAGCCCAGUAACAUGAAGCAGCUAAUUGUAUUGUGUGUGUAACAUUGACCAAAAAUGUUUACAGGUCAGCCUAGGGAUUGGCCACUGUUAGGCGGCACAGUGAUCCAGCAUCCAGUCUGUGGGAGAACUCCAAGUACCUGGGCCUCCAGGGCAGCUCCAGGAUGUGUGGGUCAUUGAGUUGUUGUGUGCACUUCCAUGUGGAGGAGAAAGGAAUUCUCAGUUCUUGCCUUUCUUCCCAUGGGCCUCUCUGUACCUUAGGGUGGGCCUCUCUGUACCUUAGGGUGUCAGAUGUAACCUGGGAGCAAUAGGGUCAGCUGUACAACCAGGACCCAAAUGUUGAGUGAGUGCCCUUGGUGAUCUCUAUCUGCUGGGGGCAGAACUGUGCUAAUAAAAUCCAAGUUUGAGCACUCUGGA